UUCCAACACACAGACCAUCAUCGAGUUUCGGUGCGGCAAUGGCCAUCAAAGUGCCCCCCCGGCCAGUCGCCGCCUUUCGAGACGGUAGACGACAAGCAUCAUGGCGGUAUUAUUAUCAUCACCGCCGCUAUCUGUCUGGUGAUCUCGCUGGUCUGUCUCCUGAUCCGGGUGUACGUGCGGAUAUUCCUCAAUCCACCAUGGGGACCAGACGAUAUCAUCCUAUUAGGCGCGACGAUAUCUGCUAUUGUUGAGUCAAUCAUCAUUUUUCAUGCCGCGAGCAUCGGCUUCGGGACAGACAUAUCGCUACUCACUGAGACGGCCGUUGAUCGCAUACAAAAUUCCCUCCUUGGUGUCGACAUUCUCUACCUUUUGACUCUCUACCUCUCGAAAUGCUGCAUCAUUGCCAUCUACUUGCGCUUGACGCCCCGCAAGCGCCACAAGAGCAUCCUCUGGGCGACGUUCGGGCUCAGCACAGCGUGGAUUAUCGCGUCGGUGCUAGCUAUUGCAGUAAACUGCGAAGCGAACAAACCGUGGAUUGUACCCGGCGAGCAAUGUCAUCACCUGUUCCCCCGUUGGCAAGCAAUCGCCGCGCUCGACAUCUCGACCGAGCUCUUACUAUUCAUUUUCUGCAUUGCCCUCAUAUGGGGUCUACAGAUGCACAUUACACAUAAAAUGGUGAUCAUGAUAUCGUUCGCCGCGAGAUUACCAUUGAUAAUAUUUUCCGGCCUCCGCCUCUCCAACCUCAAAGAAUACACAACCAUCAAAAACCCCACUUUCACCGCAAUCCGCCACACGGUCUUCACCCAGCUCCACCUCAACUAUGCCCUGAUAGCAUGCACAGUCUUCUGUCUGCGCCCCUUCAUGAACGCCCUCACAACCCAUUACGGCACAGCCGGUGACUCCAAUCUGGGUAGUAGUAGUGGCGGGUACGGGUACGGGUAUGGGUCGAGGAGACGGGGCAAUACAGACCCCUACACGUCGGGGCGGUCGCAGGAUUAUGAGAUGGGGACUGUGAAAGGACGGUCCGGGCGCCGACAGAGUGGCUUGUUCAAACAGAGGCCGCAUUUGGGCGAUGGGGUGGAGAAUGGGACGGUUGUUUGUGAGGUUGCGGGGCCGUCGCGUUCGGGGGAGGGAAGGUCCGAAGGGGAUAGAGGCAGUAUGCGCAGUGGCAGUGAUGGGAGUACGAAAAUGAUUAUUCGGAAGGAUGUGGAAUAUUCUGUCUCUGUUGGGCAUUCAUAG